GGGCCGCGGGCGGGACGCCUGGGGCGGCGCGCUGGAGGAAAGGCGCCCGGCCACAGCCCCGGGAGCUGCCAGCCGCCCGAGUCGGGAACGCGGGACACCGCGUCCCCACUGGCCUGGGGUGCGGGGUUAGAGGCGCAGUCCCGGGCCGUGGCCGUCGGGAGCCGGCCGGGCUUUUCCUCCCGCUCACCCCGCCCGCCGGCCUCUCGGCGCCCGGGGCCCGCGCCGCCAGCCGCCCGGAUCCGCCCGCCGCGCCCCCUCCCCGCCCCCCGCGAGCCCCGGCCGGCCGCGAGCUGAUGCCCUGAGCUCGCCGCCCGCGGGCUGUGCGCCCGGCCAGGGGCUGCCUGGGAAGUUGGGGCGAGGCGCGCCGGGUAUGCGCCGUCACCAUGUCCCGCCUGGACUCGUGGCUCGGUGAGGUCCAGUGGCUGGGCUUGGUGGCGCUCUUCGUCGUGGCCUUGGGCACCGUGGGCCUGUACCUGGCGCAGUGGGCGCUGGCCAGGGCGCGACCCCGCUCCCCGAGGCGGGCGGCGGAGCCCGGCGAGGGCCCGCGCCCCGAGCCGGAUGCGCUGCUCGCCUGGGUCCUGGCGCUGACCAGCUGGAGGGGCCAGUGGCAGGCCGCCUGGGUGGCCGCCCUGAACGACGAGGCCAAACGGAGAGCGGCUCCUGGCGUCUGCUACUUCUAGGUGUUCCAUAGGAGGGAUGGGGGCCUGGGGGGUUUGGGGUACCUCCCAGUCUUCGCCUGUCCUGAUGGCUCCCAGGAGUACCACAUUCCGCCACCUGCUCGGGAACUCAGUGGACAAGCCUGUGGCGCUUUGCUUUGGAAAUAGUGAAUGCUGUGUGUCUGGACCAUCAACCUUCAAAAUAUUCCACGGUGGGCCUUCUGUCUGGUCUUUGCGCCUGGCCUUGACUGACUCACAGAGCCACCGAUUUAAAAAACAAAAUAGCUUGUUUUUGUUUGCAGACCGUGUUCUGAACC